AUGGACCACCCCGACACUACAGCAGAAGUGAGGAAGACGCCAUACGGCUUGGUGUCCAAACAGUCCCAUAAGCAUUCCAAACUCAAAAUUCGGCUGUCCCCGUCCUCCUCGCCACCACAGUCGGCGGUAUCCAAGACGGCGAGCAAGGCUGGAGACAAAACCUCCAAAGCCGCGCGCAAGACGGUGCACAAUAAGCCUCCGUCUCAGCCUAGUACGUCACAGCUACACGUGCCUCAGGGCGUGUCUGCGCAAAUGCCUGACGUCGGGCGGACCGGCAGACAUGGUAGGCGGGCAGAACGUGAACGGUCCUGGCUGCGCAGAAUGCACGACGCGCGGCCAGACGUGCACGCGCAGGAGGAACCAUGUGCGACCAGUGUACCCGGCGACACCGCUCUUGUCCCCGCAGAGCUCGAGGAUGACGAGAGCGACGACGCUCCCCUGCAGAGAAGAUUAUCAAAAACGCUCGUCCCUGACACGAAGCAGGGGCCCACGAAGCAGAAGCCCAUGAGACAGAAGCAUACGAGGCAAGAGCCUGACAAGGUGAACCUGUCGCGCCGGGAACGGACUAAACACGCUGCGUCUGGCACGUCUAUAACUGUCGGUGACGACCCACAACCGUCAGUGUCAGGUGCUAGCGGCAUUGAGAGUGCGAAGGAUGUGCAGAAGCUUGAGCAGCAGGAUACGGCAGGGAGGGAUACCCGCUUCAAACGUCUGCGAAGAGCGCGGGAGGUGUUCUUUGAACAGCUGAAGAGCACGAUGGACAAGAGUGUCAUGUCUGAUGAGCUCGACCAGCUGUACGUGGUCGCGAUGACAUGGAGGUCAUACGAAGAUCUUCUCUGGCCAUCUGAGCUGCAAUGA